AUGGACAAUCUCAACAGGAAGGAGAAAACGGAUGCGGCACAGAGGCAUACGACAACCCCUGUGGAAAUCCCAAUUCCUCCAGCACCAAAGAUGGAAAAGAAAGUGCGAGUGGCAGAACGAAUUAGAGACAAGUCCAUUCUCCUGAAAAAAAUCAAUGGAUGCUAUGUAUAUGAAUUGAGAAAGGAGGAGGUGUGCCGGGAAGUAGGUUCCUAUGGCAUCUAUCACAUCCUCAAGCCAGAGGUCCCGGACAUAAGCAUAGGAAGAAUCGUGAUGUUCAUCGGGGCUACCGGUGCUGGUAAGACGACCUUGAUCAACACUCUCGUCAACUACAUCUUCGGGGUGGAAUUGGAGGAUCCAUUCCGAUUCAUGCUAGUCAAUGAAAGAUACACAGGAGCUUCCAGCAGCACAAAGGAGGUCUCAGCCUAUAUCAUUCACGCACAGCAUGGAGCCAGAUUCCCACACACUCUGACCGUCAUUGACACACCAGGAUUCGGAGACACAGACGGCCUCGAUCAUGACAAGAAAAUAGCCCUGAAUAAGGCCAACGUCCCAUUUCAUGACACCUUCCCCAUCAACAAUUCACCUGUUUUCGCCAAUCCGGAGAAUUUUUUUGGCGGGAAGAAUACGCUGAGGAGCCGAUGGGACGCGUGUUUUCACAAGAUGCAGCUCUUUUGCGAACGGUUGGAGGACUGUGGUGCUGCUUCCCUCGAUAUCACCAGGGAGGUACUGGAUGAGAGGCUGGCCAUUGAAGAUAUCUUGCAGCGAUUGCAGGAGGAAAUUCAUAGCGGCCUUGAGAAGUUGUCAGAGCUGAAGCAGAGAUACAAUGACGAAAAGCAUAUGAGGGAAACAAAGGGAACCCAGGAGAACCUGCAGAUCCUGGCUGAUCAAUUUUUGGGGAAACAGGUAGAAGUUCAAUCUCUGAUUCAUAAGGCUCACGCGAGCCUGAUCCAGCUGGAGGAAAAAGCAAUGAAGGUAGAUAGAACCAGCCUGGUGGACUACAUCAACUUCCUUAUCCAACAAGAGAUGUAUCAAGGUAGCACCAGCAAGAUUGAAGCCCUGGAAGCCGCUCUCCAGACCGCCAUGUGGCUGUCGAGCGUGAGAGACCAAGAGGAAUGGAAUCCAUUUGAUCAACCUCUCUCUGACCUAAAACAGAUCAUCUAUGGAUUCCCUUUGGAGGAUGAAGACCGGGAUGUGCAGUUCCUACGACAGCCAAAGGGAUUCAUUCAAACGAUUGAAAGAAUCUUCCUCUUACACAAGAAGGAGAAAACGAAUGAGACACAGAGGCAGGCGACAAUGAAUGUGGAAGUCUCUACUCCUGCAGCACCAAAGUUGGAGGAGAAAGUGCGAGUGGCAGAACGAAUUCGAGACAAAUCCAUUCCCCUGGAAAAAUUCAAUGGAUUCGACGUAUAUGAACUGAGAAAGGAGGAGGUGUGCCGGAAAGUAGGUUCUUAUGGCAUCUAUCACAUCCUCAAGCCAGACGUCUCGGACAUCAGCAUCGGGAGAAUUGUGAUGUUCACGGGAGCCACAGGGGCGGGAAAGACGACCUUGAUCAACACAAUCGUCAACUACAUCCUCGGAGUGGAAUUCGAGGAUCCAUUCCGAUUCAAACUUAUCAACGAAGGAGACACAGGAGCUUCCAGCAACACAAAAGAAGUUUCAGCCUAUAUCAUUCAUGCGGUCGUACCUCGGUCUAAGGGUAUACUUUACCCUUUCCGACUAGACAUCGUUCGAAUUCAUGCUGUCGGACUUGUCGUCCCUGCAAAUAUCGUUCGUCUCACGGCUGAACAGAUGUAUAUUUUCGACUCGGUGUUGGAGGUCUUUGGGAAUGACGUAGGGAAAACCUUCGUUGCUUUGUUAACAUUUUCCGACGGGACUGAACCACUUGCCUUGAAGGCCCUGAAUAAGGCCAACGUCCCAUUUCAUGACACCUUCCCCAUCAACAAUUCUCCCGUUUUCACCAAUUCCAAAAAGUUUCUUCUUGGUGGUGAGGCAACUAUGAAGCAACUAUGGAAUGGGUGUUUUGACUGCAUACGGCUAUUCUGCAACCGGUUGGAGGACUGUGAGGCAGUUUCCCUUGCUAUCACAAAGGAGGUUGUGAAUGAGAGGACAGUCGUCGAAGACGCCUUGCAGCAAUUGCAGGAGGAAAUUCAAAAAGGUCUGGACAAGUUGUCAGAGCUGGGGACAUACAUGAAGGAAAAGCAGGCGAAGAAUAUAAUGGGAGCCGAGAGACACCUGCAUAAGCUGGCCGAUGAAUUUUUAGAGACGCAGUUGGAAGUUCAGUCCCUCAUUCAUAAGGCUCACACCAGUCUGGAGCUACUGGAGGAAAAAGCAAUGAAGGCGGAUAAGACCAGCCUAGUGGGGUACAUUGACAUCAUGAUGAAAAGGGAAUCCCGACCCGAAAAUGUGAAUGCUCUUAAGACUGCCCGGGACAUAGCAAUCCAGAUGGACAAACUGAGAAUAUCGCCUGGGGAGGAUCCCUUCGUGGUGAAACUGGCCGAGCUCAAGAAAUUGGGGGUGGAUUUAAGCCGUUCUGAAGAUGGAUCCCCGGUCGUUGUGUUCAGUAGCGGAUCCCAGUCUGCCGUGAAAGCCCUGGCUGCCUUCUUCAAGUUGAAACAAAGACAUUAAUACAAGAGGAAAAUAUAAAUCUUAUUCAAGAACUCGCUCAUGGUUUCCGUUCAACAGUGGAUUUCUGUUGAAUUCUUCAAGACGAUUUUUUAUUUGACAUUGACAGAUCUUGCAUUCAAACAAAGAAAUUGGUUUUGCCAUUUUAAGAUUACUUUACUCCUAAC